GACCCGAGCGCCGCGAUUUAAUUUUGCGAGGCAGCCCGGCUGCCCACCCCGAAGACGGCUUCCUCUUCGGUCCAGGAACAGCUGCCUUUCCGCCCAGAAGCCAGCACCGGCUGUUCCGGACCCUGCAAGGGAGGAGAGGAGAGGGGAGGGAACACCAGCGCUGGCAAAAUAGCAGCCAGGCUCAGUCCCUUCGCCCAGCCAAAACCACCCAGCUGAGCUGAGCUGGAACCUUGGACCAGGAAGUGCUUGUGCAACCCCCACCCGCCCCCCUCAGCCUCGCCCGGCUCUUGGAGUCGGAGGGGCUGCCCUCUGUCCGAUUUCCUUGCUAGCCGGGAAAGCAGCCGGGCCUUCACUUACUGGACCUCUCAGCCGGCCGAAGGAUGGCUUCAGGUAGGGAAGAACCUUCGCUGUUUUGAAGCAAAAGAUCCACGGAGGGCCACGGUCCCGGCAACUGCAGCCUGCACGUUCUCUCCCAGGGCCUUCUCACUGCCUGAAGCAUUUUCCUGUUGACCUACGCACCUCCAUGGAUGGCAAGUACAAAGAACUUGCUGAGGAGUUGUUCUGUCGCUCAUUGGCUGAGAGUGAAAUGCGCAGUGCCCCAUACGAAUUCCCAGAAGACAGCCCCAUCGAACAGUUAGAAGAGCGGCGCCAACGGUUGGAACGGCAGAUAAGCCAGGACGUGAAACUAGAACCUGACAUUUUACUCAGAGCCAAACAGGACUUCCUGAAAAUUGACAGUGCUGCCAACCUACAAUUAUUUAAAGAGCAGGGUGAAGACCUGGUAGAUCACCUUCCAAAAGAGCGAGAUGUACUUUUGGAGAGGGAGUUCCAGAGGGUCACCAUCUCUGGAGAAGAGACAUGUGGGGUGCCCUUCACAGACCUGUUGGAUGCUGCUAAAAGCGUGGUCAAGGCAUUGUUCAUUCGGGAGAAGUACAUGGGGCUUUCUCUGCAAAGCUUCUGCAAGACCACAGCCCGAUUCCUGCAGGAUCUUUCAGAGAAACCCUUAGCCCCCCGGAUGUAUGAGGAGAUCCCUGAGACUCCUGUGGCUGCAGAUGCUCCAGUACAUCCACCAUUUACAAACCAGCACCCUUAUGAGAAGUGUGAUCCUGAAUCAAUGCCUGGAGAUCUUGGCUUUGGCCUCAGGAUGGUCAAUGGAGUAGUUCAUGUGUACACCAAGCAGGAUAUCACUGACAAGACCACUGAACUGGACUUGCCUUAUCCUGACCUGCAGGAGUUUGUGGCUGACAUGAAUGUUCUGAUGGCUCUGAUCAUCAAUGGUCCCAUAAAAUCCUUCUGCUAUAGGCGACUGCAAUAUCUGAGUUCAAAGUUCCAGAUGCAUGUCCUGCUCAAUGAGAUGAAAGAGCUCGCAGCUCAGAAAAGGGUGCCACAUCGUGACUUCUACAAUAUCCGGAAGGUGGACACACACAUCCAUGCAUCAUCCUGUAUGAAUCAGAAGCAUCUGUUACGCUUCAUCAAACGGGCUAUGAAGAAACAUCUGGAGGAAAUCGUUCAUGUGGAGAAGGGCAAGGAGCAAACCCUUAAGGAAGUCUUUGAGACCAUGAAUCUCACAGCAUAUGACCUCAGUGUAGACACUCUCGAUGUCCAUGCGGAUCGUAACACCUUUCAUCGUUUUGACAAGUUCAAUGCCAAAUACAACCCCAUAGGAGAGUCUGUUCUGCGCGAGAUUUUCAUUAAGACUGACAACCAAGUCUCUGGAAAAUACUUUGCUCAUAUCAUCAAGGAAGUGAUGUCUGACCUAGAAGAGAGCAAAUAUCAGAACGCAGAACUGCGACUCUCUAUCUACGGCCGAGCACGGGACGAGUGGGAUAAGUUGGCCAAAUGGGCUGUUACACACAAAGUGCAUUCCAACAACAUACGCUGGCUGGUGCAAGUGCCUCGGCUGUUUGAUGUAUACAAAACAAAGAAACAGUUGGCCAACUUCCAGGAGAUGCUGGAGAACAUUUUCUUACCUCUCUUUGAAGCUACCAUCAAUCCUGCUAGCCACCCAGAGUUGCACCUCUUCUUGGAGCACGUGGAUGGUUUUGAUAGUGUAGAUGAUGAGUCCAAGCCAGAACAUCAUAUCUUCAACUUGGACAGUCCCUUGCCUGGCAACUGGGUGGAAGAAGAUAACCCACCAUAUUCCUAUUACCUUUAUUACACAUAUGCUAAUAUGGUGGUGUUGAAUCAUCUGCGUAGGAAACGAGGCUUCCACACUUUUGUGCUGCGACCCCACUGUGGGGAGGCAGGACCCAUCCAUCAUCUUGUGUCAGGUUUCAUGUUGUCAGAGAACAUAUCUCACGGCCUCCUGCUCCGCAAGGCACCAGUGUUGCAGUACCUCUACUACCUGGCUCAGAUUGGCAUUGCUAUGUCUCCACUUAGCAAUAACAGUCUGUUCUUAAGCUACCAUCGUAAUCCACUACCAGAGUACCUGUCUCGGGGCCUCAUGGUCUCCCUGUCCACAGACGAUCCCCUGCAGUUCCAUUUCACUAAGGAACCCUUGAUGGAAGAGUACAGCAUUGCCACACAGGUUUGGAAGCUCAGCUCCUGCGACAUGUGUGAACUUGCACGCAACAGUGUGCUCAUGAGUGGCUUUUCCCACAAGGUGAAGAGCUACUGGCUUGGACCCCACUAUCUGAAGGAGGGGCCUGAGGGCAAUGACAUCCGGCGCACCAAUGUGCCCGACAUCCGGGUAGCCUAUCGCUAUGAGACACUUUCCCAGGAGCUGACCCUCAUCACCCAGGCUGUGCAGACAGAGGAGCUGGAGACCAUCCAAGAAGAAGACCUUCUGACUAUGAGCUGCAGCCGGGAUGCUCGCUGAAAGAGACCUGUUCAUAAUGGGCCUCCCUUUCAGCCCAACACUGGCUUGACAAGCUGGGACUGUUCUGUGAGCGCAAAGAGAGCCUGACCACCCACCUCCCUCAUUUCAGAGCAGUGUUUCUCAACCUUGGUAACUUUAAGAUGCCUGGACCUGGACUCUCAGAAUUCCCCAUGGCUGGCUGGGGAAUUCUGAGAGUCCAAGUCCAGUCAUCUUAAAGUUGCCAAGAUUGAGAAACACUGUCCCAGAGACUUUUCUACUUUCCUCUUGUGUGUGUGUGUGUGUGUGUGUGUGAUUCCUUCUGUAUCUCCUGGAAAGGUUUUCAUGAUUUUUUUGCACUUGGUAACCUGUUGGUGCCUCCUGAGUGGUGAAUGGUUAGAAGCUUCUCCAGGAUUCAGGUCCAGGAACCAAGGAGAGCAUCCUGUAGUGUGAAUGGAAAGGCUGGUCAGUCCUAGCAUGUGAAUACAUUUGCCCGGUGGCAAAACAAAGCACCAGCAUGUCAACAUGUGUCCUGAGUAACAUCUGGCUGUGCCUGGGGCCAAAGUGUUCUGGGGUUGCCUUGCGCUACCUCGCUUUUGUUUUGGGGGGUUUCCAUUGGCUGGUUGAGCACCUUUGAGGGGCUUGAGCCAGCCUUGUGUUUUGCCAUCAGGGCAGCACGUUGCUGUCAAUCCCACUAUGCAAGAGCCUCCACUUCUCAGUGUUAAGCUCUAGUAUGGAGUGUGGCAAGAGACAGAUUCUUUGCCUUUCCUUUCAAAGUACAAUAAUGCUUAUCUUUUUUGGCUCAGGGAAAGCACUAACCUUUGAUUCCCUCCAUGCUUUAAAGGUGAAUGACUGUGCUGUCAGGGACAGAGUGGACUUGAGAUAAUAGAGGUACUGCUGUUAGCAUGCCAAAUACUGGCAUUUUUAACUUGUUCUAUAUCUUUUGUAAAGCUCUUGGUCUCCCUUUACAACCAAGUAUCAUAAAAGAAGUUCAGCAUGGUUAUCAAUGUAACAAGGAGACUGAAAUGAUUCUGGCACUGGAAAAAUAAGAUAGCCCCAUGGAGGAAAGCCUUGUAGACAAGAUACCUGCCUAGCAUGGAAGGAGUUUAGGGGAAAUUAUUAUGAUUACUAUUAAUUAUACAUCUUAGAUUCAAAAUGGAGAUGAUGAAGGAGGCCUGUGGUCAGCAUUGUUUUUAAAGCAAACUUGUAAGUUGCUUCAGGCUUGAUUAGAUCAGUGACAUUCACCAGCAAUUAGGGGGAUGUGUGGAGUUGUAUUAAGCCAUUUACUGGGUCUUAACUGUGUUCCCAAAGUUGCUACUAGCUCAGGGAUGAUAGCAUUUUGUUCUCCUAUAGAGUCAAUUGCAAUUAUGGGAGGAGGGGGUGUUAGAUCAGAAUCAUUGUCCAUGAAGGAAGACUUUAUACACUCUGGCAGUGUUGCCCCCUAUUUUGGCUGCUUCUCCCUGCAGCUGCUUUAAAAUUUAGUUUGGUUCCCCACCCCACCCCACCCCACCCCCACCCCACCCCACCCCCACCCCCACCAAGUUGGGAGGUCAUUCCCUCUCCUGUUGUAGCCAUUGUUCUAGUGCCUGAUGCAGGAGCUCACUGGGAGAUAGAAAUUGCCUUGGGCUGAUUAGAAUGCAAAGGAUUCAAUCUGCUUGUUACACCUGACCCUCUUUUUCUUUUGAGUUGGGUUUGGGGGAGAGAGAGACCAUUCAUAUGGAAGAAGAGACUACUUUUUCACAUAUAGCAGGAAGAGAAGCCAUUGAAAUGCCUGGUCAGCUUUCUGUGCAGUCACUGAUGUUUUGGGACUAGGAUGAAGCCUCUUGCUGUGAGUAAACAAUACAUCUGGAGAAAACAACAUAUAGCAACCGUUCCACUUUUUGAAGCUAUGUGGAGUUAGGAACACAUAAUAAGUUGUGGAAGAAGGUAGAUCUGAGCCCUUUCCAGGCCAGCAUUUUAAGUUCUGCACCUUGAAAGGUUCUUAAUAGUUGAAAGGCCAGCCAUACGGAGGACGGUCUAUACAAGUUUCUGGCUAAGGGAUCUGCUUUCUGACAGCUUUUGAAUCUCAUUCAUGGGCUACAUUUGACGUUACUGGGCUGCUAUCAUCCUAUUAAUAUUGUUGUGCCAUCAGUCAUAGUUCGGAAAUCUCUUGUGGGCCUCACUCCUAAGGUAGGAGACCAGCUUCAGACUGUGCUCACUCUCUUCAGGUUCUUAAAUAUUGUCUAAGAUAUUUAUGAAAAAGGCAAUCAGUUCCUUAGUUCUUGUUCCCAGUUGCUGCAAUAACAUUUGAUCUUACUAUUGCAAGCAGUUUUGGUACAAUGGGAAAUGCAUUUGUUAAACCUGAGGUGAGUAGAUAGCAAGGAAUGCUUCUAAAGUGAACUAGAAGCUUGUGGGGCUCUCCUUCUAAACUUGACUACCUCAACCUGGUAUUCUCCAGAUAUAUUGGACUAAAGCUCCCAUAAUUCUCAACCAGCAUGGUUGCAGGAAGUUGCAGUCCAGCACAUCUAGAGGUGCAGCAAGUUGAAGGCUGCUGUAGGUGGCUGUGGCCAAAAUCUGAGGACUCGAUUGCCUGCUUAGAGAUAUGCAUGGAGCGCACCAAGACUAAAUAGGUUCCCUCUUUUAAUGUUAUCUCUGGAAGAGGCAUUUUGUUAUAGUUCUUGUCAUUAUUUGAGAUUGUGCAUGCAAGAAAAAGGAACCAUUCUUUAAGGCCUAUCCAGUUGGCAUUUCACCUUCAUGGCACAGCAAGGUAAUCAGGUAAUUUACCCGCCUCCCCAGUGUUUUGCUUGGAAUUUUGUUAACUACCAAGCAAUUUUACAAUAGAGCUGUCUUGCAUUUGUUUUAGCCAGCAUGGAUGUCUUGUUAAUCAAAGGGUUUGGUCCAACAUAGGGUUCCGUGAAGAAAUGGAAUAUCAAUUUAACUGAAGUGGAACAUAGACUUCUUCCCUGCUUCAUUUUUCAUUUUCUUCCUUUCUCCUUGCCGUUAAUCUGCCUACUGGUACAUCAUGUUAGUUUUUGCUUUGGUGUCAGAAUUGAAACUGGUGUUCCUUUAGCAAUCACAUGUAUCCUCUCACUUGGUUAUUUUAUGUACCUCUAUGCUUGUCUGUGCUGUUGGAAAUCUUCUGAAAUAAGAGCAUGAUCCAUCAUUAAAGAUUAUUUAAGUAAA